AUGGCCGAGGCCGGCGAGCCCUCCGACGACGACCUCGUCCAGCUGUCCGUCCUGCGCGACGAAGAAACCGACGGCCUGGUCGAGGCGGGCCACCUCGGUGCGGACCGUCGAUGGGACGCGCCGCUCGAGUCAACCGUCACCUUUGAGUACGGCGAGAUGGCGCUGCACAUCACUCCCGGGCCGGCGUACCCCAUCGCGCAGCCGGCGUGGGAGAUAUGCAACCGCAGCAUGCCCGUGGACCCCGUCGACGCCCUGCGCAGGCGCUUGCGCGGCAUCAUCGCCGAGGGCACGCUCGUCAACACGCUCGAGCGGCUGCACGCCUGGGUGGAUGCGUGCGACGGCUCCGAGUUCGACUACUCCAAGGUCGUGACGCUGAUGGUCGAGGAGGCGAACCGCGCGAUGGAGCUGUUCCGCGCGGAGCGGCUGCGCAAGACCCCCGUCAAGAAGACUCGGCACGCGACGCCGCGGCUCGACUUUGAUAUCAAGCAGGGCGUCGACAUGCGCACGCUCUCGUGCAGCGAACUCGCGCAGCGCUACCUCGGCGUCACGCCGCAGGCCGUGGCCGGCAUGAUCCCGCCGCGGUACCGCGUCCAGCACGUCGAGGAGGUCCUCCGCAAGGACCUCGCCGUGGGCUUCGACCGCGCCCUCGCACAGCUCCGCACGGAGCUCUCCUCGCUGCCGCUGAGCACGCUGCGCCGGCACGCCCCGCCGCAGCUGUGCCACCGCAGCGCCCGCGUGGCCGACUACGUCGAGCACCUGUCGCGGCCGCGGCUCACCUUCCACGGCACGCAGCGGCGCUUCGUGUCGAGCAUCGUGCGGCACGGGUUCCUGCGGCCGGGCAUGCGCGACCCCGCGACGGGCGCGGAGCACGGCGUGCGCUGCGGCGCGACGUACGGGCGCGGCAUCUACAGCUCGCCCGACGCGGGCUUCGGGCUGGCGUACGCGGACCGCUGGUGCGGGCGGACCACCCCGGGGAGCUACUUUGGCGUCAAGCUGAUUGUGUGCGCGACGCUCAUGGGCCGCGCGCGGCCCAUGUUCCGCGACGACGGGUGGCGCGACAGCGACGAGCCGCACGAGGGCGCCGACUCGCACGUCGCCAACGGGGGGCUCGAGUACGUCGUCUUCGACCCGCCGCGCAUCCUGCCCGUGUAUGUCGUGCACCUCGACUGGGGCGACGGCGACAACGCCGGCUUCUUCGCGGACGUGCCCGACGACCCGGCCGAGUACGCUGCGUGGGCCGCCGCGCAGGCGAGCAAGGCGCGCGGCAAGACGCACCCGCGCCUACACGACGGCGAGGCGCCCUCGCAGCUGUUUGCGGGCGACAGGCAGCGCGCAAAGGAGGCCGUGUUUGCCAGGGCGGCCAAGUACUUCCCCUACGGGUACGGGCCCGCGUCGGGGACCAAGUUCCAGGUGCUCGAGGUGGGCGAGGUGUCGGAGGACGAGGAGGACUACGGCGAGUACCAGGAGCAGCGCGUCGUCGACGAGACGGGCCGUCGCCAUGACGGGGACGGUGGCCUGGGUGCGGGCGGAUACUGGAGCUGGCAGAAGAUGGGCGAGCUGGAGGACCACGGCGAGGAGGGCGUCGAGCGCGACGAAUACCUCGCGCAGAAGAGGGCGCACGGUCCGUCGUGGAGCGACGUGCUGCUGCCGGAGGAGGGGGAGCAGCAGAAGGGGGAGGACGUGGAGGACGAUGAGUAUGAGUUUUGCCUUGGGAGGCUGAUGGGCGCAGAAGAAUGA